AUGCCGUGUUUAUCCCAAUGCAUGGUCAUGGCCUUAUUGGCUGUUGCUGGUUCGUCUGCAUCACCAUCGGUCAAUGUUGGCAUGAAUGCUGCCUUUCCUCGUGGACCAUAUCUGCUUGAACUUCUUGAGACAGCUGCUGGGGAAAACUCAACAGCCUACUUCCCGCUUCUCGACAAGAUAGCCAGUGGCCAUUUUGUAUCCGCCAAAUCAGAUGCAGAGCUUUACGAUCAGUUUCUCGAGGUUCUUCAGAAAGAUGAUCAUAUCACCACACCUGAAGCUCUUUCUACUUUCAAGCUCUCUCUAUCACUACGAGCUGCUGCGCCUCGUAUUGAAGCGCACUACCAAUAUUAUAGCACAGCUGUCGACCCCGAACCUCAAGUGAAUGGUGCCGACAGCUGCGAUAGUUGGGCUUUGGUUGACAACAAAAAAUACUGUUCUCCAUCGCUCGAUACAUCCAUAGAGGGCGAAGUAUCUACCAAACAAAUUAAAGUGCUGCCAUUCGAUCGAGUUUUGGGAUUUGGAAAAGACGCCAUCCUUUACGCCGAUCCUGCAUCCACCUCCUUUGGCCCAUUUCACGACGCCCUCUCUAAGGCUGCUAGACAGGGUGAUCUGUCAUACAGACUGCGGUACCGUCGAAGCCCCGACGCUUCCCCUUCCCCUUUGCCUGUGAGCGGUUAUGGUGUCAAGUUGGAUCUGAAGCGAACUGAUUAUAUCGUGAUUGAUGAUCGUGAGGGAGGCCAGAAGGCCCAUCAAAAGCCUGCUGCCGCCGAUGUCGACCUUGAUGCCACUGAGGAUGUUGCUGAUCUGAAACCUCUUUCAUCGUCCGAACUAGCAUCUCUGGGUCUAAAGGCCGCGUCUUUCAUCCUGAAGAGUGAGAACCCUCUCGAUGCUUUAGUAAAGUCAACACAGGACUUUCCCAAGUUCUCAGCGUCAAUUGCCUCCCAUGAAGUCACUCAGGACUUUGUCGAGGAGCAGGAGAAGAAUGUCGCUGCCGGCGUCCCCAGUGGGAUCAACUUCCUUUGGAUGAACGGCGUGCAACUCAUUGAGCGUCAGGUUGAACCCUUCGCACUCAUCGAAAUGAUCCGACGUGAACGCAAGCUCAUUGAUGGCGUUCGCGAACUUGGCUUCAGCGGUCAACAAGCCGUCUCACUCUUGGGCCAUUCGGAGAUUGCCAGUUCAAAAGCCGAUGAUGAGCCCCCGAGGUUUGACUGGACUGAUCGUCUGGAGAAUGGAAAAGCUGUCAUGUGGCUCAAUGACCUUGAGAAGGACGCCCGGUAUCAAAAGUUUCCUAGCGAUCUGACUGCACUCCUUCAACGUACGUAUCCAGGUCAGCUUCCACAGGUUGCCAUUAACUUGUUUCACGUUGUUGCCCCUGUUGAUUUCACCAACCUCGAAGACGGAAGAGCCUUCGGUCAGUUGGCUCAGUUCAUGCAACGCGGGAUCACCCUACGCUUUGGCAUUGUUCCUUUGGCCACUACGCCUGAAUCUACAGCACAAGCCAAGGUAGUGUAUCAUUUGAUGGAAACUUAUGGCUUUGAAGCUCUCAUAACCUAUCUGCAAGAGAGCGAGGAGGGACCAGAAGGCGCGGCCAAUAAGAAGUCUUUCGCCAGAGCUAUCGAUGGACGAGAGCCGCUACCAGAAAUGACCAAGAUGACUCUGAGUGAGGUUCUUGAGGCUGAGUCUUAUGUGCAGAAAGUCAAGGCAAGCCAGGCUUGGGCAAGUCGCCUCAACGCUAACACCACUGUGCGCCCUAUCUUUGUCAAUGGCAUGGCUAUCCCACGUGAAAAGAGCUGGGUGCAGGUGAUGGGCCAGCGACUGACUGAGGACCAACAAACAAUCCAGAAAGCUGUGUACUUUGGACAUGUCAAUGAAGAGGCGUCAGUUUCUGACCUCUUCCUUAAUAGCGCACUUUCGAAGAGAAACACGUACAUCUUCCCCGAUGACGACAAGGCACUCCGUAUUCUAGAUAUCAACAAACUCUACACAGAGCAUGCGGGACUAUUCGGAAAAGUGGCCGUCUUACCUGCGGAUCCCGAGAGUGCCAAAGAAGACUGGGCCGUUCUCACCACCGUCGCCGACCUCAACACAGAUGACGGGCAAGAUCUCCUUAUUGCUGCGAUUGAGUUCAAGCGCAACAAUCGCGGAGUUCGGCUUGAUAUUAUUCACAAUCCUCCUUCGCCUACGGAUGCCCAUGCUAUCAAUGGGGCCUUCAAGCUUAGUGAAGUCAAACUUGCCGAGAUGGAGAGCAAGGAUGACCUGAAAGCUGUACUUGAAGCAUCAUGGACAGCUGAAGAGGACGGUUUUGCUACGAAGCUAUCUAACUUCCUGUCUACUUCUAAUAUUCUGCCAGGAACCAAGAGCCUACUUCUCAAUGGUCGAGUAGUUGGCCCCCUACCAUCUGAAAUUUCGUUUAAGGAUGAUGACAUAAAGCAGCUCUUGGAGUUUGAACAGCGCAACAGGAUCCUUCCUGUUUAUGCUGCAAUUAAGGAGCUUGGAUUUGCGGAUAAGCUAUCAGACCCUCUUGCUGCCGCGAAGCUCACCUCUAUCACCGCGCUUUCCACCAUUUCUGACUUGCCUCAGGGGAUUUUCGAGUCUGCCCCGUCGAUUCGAAGUACUCUUUACAGCACCUGGAACUCGACGCACAGCGCCAUUGAAGUUGGCGACCCAGAAACUGCAAGCAUUCACAUUGCCGGUCUCCUCAACCCCACCAGUGAACAAGGACAACGAUGGGCUCCUAUCCUCAAGGUAUUGUCGGAGCUCGAUGGCGUGUACCUGAAGCUCUUCAUGAAUCCAAAAGAGGUAAUAGAUGAGCUUCCCAUCAAACGCUUCUUCCGAUACGUGCUCAAUUCCACGCCAUCCUUUGAUGCUUCUGGUCACGUUCAAAGUCCCAAGGCCCAUUUCAAGGGCCUUCCUUCAGAGGCUCUACUAACAGCAGGAAUGGAUGUCCCUCCUGCUUGGUUGGUGGCUGCCAAAGAUUCGGUCCAGGACUUGGAUAACAUCAAGCUUAGCUCUGUCAAAACAGAUAUUGAUGUAACCUACGAAUUAGAGAACAUCCUUAUUGAAGGUCACUCUAGAGAUGGCAAACGGGGUGCUCCAAGGGGUGCACAACUGGCACUAGCGACUGAGAAGGACCCUCUCGUAACGGAUACCAUUGUUAUGGCAAACCUCGGGUACUUCCAGUUCAAGGCCAACCCUGGAUUCUACAACAUCCAACUUAAGGAAGGUCGUAGCUCCAAGAUCUUUAACAUCGAGAGUGUUGGUGCCCAAGGCUACGCUGCUGUUCCUGGAGACGAAGGCACGGAAAUUGCGCUCAUGGAUUUCAAGGGUACGACUCUGUACCCGCGUCUCAACCGCAAGCCCGGAAUGGAAGAAGUUGAUGUUCUGGAACCUCCCGACAGUGAAAACGAUGGCAUUGUUGCCAAGGGUCUCAAGUUUGCCGAAAGUUUCCUCGGGGGAACGAAGUCGCCUAAGCAAAUUUCCGCUAAAGAACAUGCUGAAAUCAAUAUUUUCAGUGUUGCUAGCGGCCAUUUGUACGAGCGCAUGCUCAACAUCAUGAUGGUGUCAGUUAUGCGAAACACAAAGCACACAGUCAAGUUUUGGUUCAUUGAGCAAUUCCUCUCACCCUCCUUCAAAGAAUUCAUCCCCCAUAUGGCGGCUGAGUACGGAUUUAAAUACGAGAUGGUCACCUACAAGUGGCCACAUUGGCUUCGUCAACAAAAGGAGAAGCAGCGUGAGAUCUGGGGAUACAAGAUCCUAUUCCUCGAUGUGUUAUUUCCUCUUUCUCUUGACAAGGUCAUCUUUGUUGACGCAGAUCAAGUUGUUCGCACCGAUAUGAUGGAUCUUGUGAAUCACGACCUUGAGGGUGCACCGUAUGGUUUCACACCUAUGUGCGACUCCCGCACUGAAAUGGAAGGCUUCAGGUUCUGGAAGCAAGGCUACUGGGCAAAUUAUCUUCGCGGGUUGCCAUAUCAUAUCUCGGCGCUCUACGUUGUUGACCUCAACCGGUUCCGCCAGCUGGCGGCAGGAGAUCGUCUCCGGCAACAGUACCAUCAACUGUCCGCUGACCCCAACAGCUUAUCCAACCUGGAUCAGGAUCUCCCAAAUAACAUGCAGUUUGCUAUUCCAAUCCACAGUCUUCCUCAAGAGUGGCUCUGGUGCGAAACAUGGUGCAGCGAUGAAAGUCUAUCCAACGCGCGCACCAUCGAUCUUUGCAAUAACCCACAAACUAAGGAGCCCAAACUCGACCGUGCAAGACGCCAGGUUCCAGAGUGGACUGUUUACGACAACGAGAUUGCAGCACUCGAUCGACGACGCAAGGGCAUUGAGGACAAGAACGAGAACACUAAGGGCCAGAAAGCAGGGGAUGGAACACAUACAAAGGAUGAGCUUUAG